AUGUCUUCCGCAGUAGUCAACGCCGACGACGAACUCGAGCCAACCCUCCAAUCGAUUCUCGACCAAAAGUCACUUCGAUGGAUCUUCGUAGGAGGCAAAGGAGGAGUAGGAAAGACCACAACCUCAUGUUCUUUGGCUAUCCAGCUCGCCAGAGUGCGCCGCUCUGUGCUUCUCAUCUCCACAGAUCCAGCACAUAAUCUGUCGGAUGCCUUUUCCCAGAAAUUCGGAAAGGAAGCGAGACUAGUGGAGGGGUACACGAAUCUCAGCGCGAUGGAAAUUGAUCCCAAUGGCAGCAUUCAGGAUCUUAUUGGGCAGGCGGAUGACCAAGAGGGAGAGGUUGCUGGGGGAAUGGGUAUGAUGCAGGAUUUGGCAUAUGCUAUCCCAGGUAUCGAUGAAGCCAUGUCCUUCGCCGAAGUUCUAAAGCAGGUCAAAUCGCUCUCCUACGAAACCAUUAUUUUCGAUACCGCUCCUACCGGCCACACACUCCGCUUCCUCCAGUUCCCAACAGUUCUCGAGAAAGCCUUAGCCAAGAUUUCCGCCUUAUCAACGCAGUUCGGUCCUAUGUUGAACGGAAUCCUCGGCGCCAACGGAGGUCUUCCAAAUGGUCAGAGUCUACCUGAAAUGAUGGAGAAACUAGAAGGACUGCGUGAGACUAUCAGCGAAGUAAACGGACAAUUCAAAGACGAAAACAUGACUACAUUCGUCUGUGUCUGCAUACCCGAAUUCCUGUCCCUCUACGAGACCGAACGAAUGAUUCAGGAGCUGGCAAACUACAACAUCGACACACACUCCAUCGUCGUCAACCAAUUGUUGUUCCCGAAAGCGGGAAGUGACUGCGAUCAGUGUAACGCGAGGCGGAAAAUGCAAAAGAAGUAUCUGGGACAGAUUGCGGAGUUAUAUGACGACUUUAAUGUGGUCAAGAUGCCGCUGUUAGUAGAGGAAGUUAGGGGGAAAGAUCGGCUGGAAAGCUUUAGCGAAAUGCUGAUCAAGCCUUAUGUCCCGCCUGCGGGGGGUUUGUAG